CAGAAUUACAGGCUCAAAAUGAAUAUCUAAGGAAUCAAUUGUUAAAAUACCCAGAAAAUCGCAACAGAAACGUGAAUGAUUACUUAUCUUCAAGUAUUAGUCAAUUAACUACUGAUGUCACUACUUUAAAAGCUAAGCUGAAAGAGAUGGAACAAUUGAAAAAUUCUAUGGAUGAAAGCUGCAAAGAGGCUGUUCAAGAAUAUCAUUUCAUAGUAGUGAAACAACUUACUGAUUUAAAACAACAGUUGGACGAGUCUCGAUUGAGAAACGAGGCUCUGGACCAUACUGUAGCUGUAAUAGCUAAAAAGUUGGAACAAAUCAGCAAUGGUAAGGUAAGAAGUAGAACCUUUAUUUGUAAAAUGAGAACUGUAAGAUAUAUUUUGAAGGAUGAGCAAAGUAAAGCAGUGGAACAACAAUGGUUAGAUAAAAUAAAGAUGAUAUGUGAACGAUUUGAUUCAUUUACAAAAGAGAAGAAUAAAGAAUUACAACUAAAACAGGAUUUACUUGAAAAAAGAGAUAUAGAAUCAUCAAAAAAGGAUGCAGGAAGGAAGGAAGAAAUUGAAUUACUGACUAAUAAAAUACAAAAUUUAGAAAUGAAAUUAGAAAUGAAGUUUAGAGAUGAAGAUAAAUCACAGAAAAUGAUAGUUGAACAAUAUACAAUGAUGAAAGGAGAAUUAAAUAAAAUGAGAAUCGAAAUGGAUCAUGAAACUCAGAAACAAAAUCAAAAUUUAAUGUCUGAAGUUUCUACUUUGAAAAAGGCUGUUGUAAAACUAGAAAAAUCGAAGGAGAGACUCGAGUACGAUUAUGAAAAGAAACUGUCGCAUAUCAUCAAGAACAAAGAUAUGGAAAUAAAAGCCUUGCAUUUACAACUGCAAAAACAAAAAAAUGAAUUGUACACAUCUCUGAGUAUAAAGAAGCAAAAUGAAGUGGAUAAUAUAGUUUCUAUAUUAGAGGAGCGAUAUAAAACGCUUUUGGCAGAAACAGAAGCAAUGUCAGAAUCUAAAAUUCAGGAGUAUCUUAUGAGAAUAGCUAUUCUUGAAGAUCAAGUACUUAAUAUGAAGAAAUUUGAGUCGAGCUUAUAGCGUAGUGAUUUCGUAAUAGUUUAUAGUAGAAUAUAAUUAUAUAAUUGUAAAUUAUAUAUAUGUUUGUUCUUAAUAAAGGGUACAAGAAAC